UAAAAUCUUAUGACUUUUAAUUUUUCAAUUUUGUUUUCUUCAAACAAUCUGAAAAGGCUCCUUGCAUCAUCAAUCAUCUCCCUCUCUGCUUAACCUCCCUUCCAAGCCUCACAACAUCUUCUACUUCUUGUCAGAAAGAAAGGAAGUCGUCUUUUCACAUUGUCUCUCAUGAUUGUCUCUUGUGUGCUUCCAGCUUUCUCAUAGGGUCCAUCGAUUUUUUUGCAGCCAUGGAUUAUGAUCUGAUUCGUUCCAAGAAGAGUACUAUCAAGCGAGCAGAAUCCACAAAGUCACAUCUAUGGUGGUGGGAUAGUCACAUCGGCCUCAAGAACUCAAAGUGGCUCGAGACCAAUCUCGAUGAGAUGGACAGGAGCGUAAAGAAGAUGGUGAAGUUAAUAGAAGAAGAUGCAGAUUCAUUUGCCAAGAAGGCAGAGAUGUAUUACCAAAAGAGACCCGAGCUUCUCACCCUCGUCGAUGAGUUUCACCGUAUGUACCGUUCUCUAGCCGAGCGGUACGAGAACAUCACCGGAGAGCUGAGGAAAACCUCUCCCUUAGAGCUUCAGUCACAGGGCUCUGGCUUCUCUGAUGUCUCCUCCUCUGACAUCACCGCCGAGCUUAAUAAUAGGUUAAGCCGUCCUCCUUCUCGCCGUGCUCCUGGCUUUGACUACUUCCUUGGCUCUGGAGGAGGAGGACUUCCCUCUGAUGUUUACAACAAAGACGGAGAUGAUUCUGCUUCUGUGACUGAUUCUGAACUCGAGUCUGAUGAUUCUUCUUCUGUGACUAACUACCCUGGCUAUGUCAGCGUUGGCUCUGACUUUCAGUAUUUGACUAAGAGGGUCGCUGAUCUUGAUCUUGAGCUACGUGAAGCUAAGGAGAGAGUAAGGAUGCAGCUUGAAGGAAACACUGAGAGCUUGAUGAUGACGAGGGUGAAGAGUGAGUUUGUUGAUUAUCCUGCCAAACUCGCUGCCUGCGAGCAAGAACUGAGAGAUGCAAACGAGAAGAUACAAAGCUCGGAAGACCAAAUCUACAUGUUAAAGAGCCAGCUCGCUAGAUACUUGCCAUCAGAGUUGGAUGAUGAAGAGGCGGCAGCACAAGACAUGGACGUUGAAACUCUGCCUGAAGAGCUGAGGGUCACAACCCUGAGGCUUCGGGAGGCGGAGAAAGAAAACGGUAACAUGAGAAAAGAAGUCGAGAGGAGCAGGUGUGAUGAAGCAAAGCUAAAGAGCCUGCAGAGCCUGCUUGACUCGGCUCAGAAAGAGAUCGGAGCGUGGAAAAGCAAGUCUACUGCGGAUAGAAGAGAGGUUGGGAAGCUGCAAGAUAGAGUCUCCAUGAUGAAAUCGAGUUUAGCAGGUAGAGAUCAUGAGAUCAGGGAUCUGAAGACGGCUUUGUCUGACGCAGAAGAGAAGAUAUUCCCGGAGAAGGCACAGGUGAAAGCCGAGAUAUCAAAGCUUUUGGAGGAGAAAACACGCAGAGAUGAGCAGUUCAAGGAGCUGGAAGCUCAAGUGCGUUAUCUUGAAGACGAGAUAAGAAGAGUGGAUAAUGAGAGAGUGGAAGAGGAGGAAAGGCUGAAGGGAGAAAUGGAGGUGCUGACAGUGGAGAAGGCAGAGAAAGAGAGAUGCAUAGAGACAGUAAUCAAAAAGGUGAACGAGCUAGAGUCAGAGAUGAGUCUGCUUGGGAAUGAAAUGAAAGCAAAAGAGAGUAGGACGGUAGAGAUGGAGAAGGAGGUGGAGAAGCAGAGGAAGGAGGUAGAAGAGGUAGCAGAAGAGAAGAGGGAAGUGAUAAGACAACUCUGUUCUUCACUUGUGUACUACAAAGAUGAGUGUAAGAGACUACGCAAUGACUUUUCAGGGCAUCUACCAACAAGACCAUCCUCCAUUCUCUCUUCUUGAUUCAGAUGUAUAUAGCAUAUAUACACUUUGUAACUUUGUUUUGUGUUUUACUAUUUCACAUAUAGAGAAAGCUGUUGUGGGUUUA